AUGGAUGCCAAGCGACACCCCAGUUCCUUCCAGCAGCUUGAGAAGCUGGGAGAGGGUACCUAUGCGACGGUGUUCAAAGGUCGCAACCGGCAGACUGGUGAACUGGUAGCGCUCAAGGAGAUCCACCUCGACUCGGAGGAAGGCACGCCGUCGACUGCGAUCCGCGAGAUCUCGCUCAUGAAGGAGCUCAAGCACGAGAACAUUGUCGCCCUGCACGAUGUCAUCCACACCGAGAACAAGCUCAUGCUGGUAUUCGAGUACAUGGAUGGAGAUCUCAAAAAGUACAUGGACACCAACGGAGAAAGAGGCGCCUUGAAGCCAGCGACCAUCAAGUCAUUCAUGUUCCAGCUGCUCAAGGGUAUCGAUUUCUGCCACCAGAACCGUGUGCUCCACCGCGAUCUCAAGCCUCAGAACUUGCUUAUUAACAGUAAGAUGGCGCUCAAACUUGGGGACUUUGGUCUUGCCCGCGCAUUCGGCAUUCCCGUCAACACAUUCUCGAACGAAGUCGUGACCUUGUGGUACCGUGCCCCGGACGUUCUGCUCGGUAGCCGUACCUACAACACCAGCAUCGACAUUUGGUCUGCGGGAUGCAUCAUGGCCGAGAUGUAUACUGGUAGGCCACUCUUCCCAGGAACGACCAACGAGGAUCAGAUCAUUCGGAUUUUCCGGAUUAUGGGUACACCGACGGAGCGGACAUGGCCAGGCAUCACAAAGUUCCCCGAAUAUAAGCCUACCUUUCAGAUGUACGCCACGCAGGAUCUCCGAGCCAUCCUGCCACAAAUCGACCAGGUCGGCAUCGAUCUCCUGAACCGGAUGCUUGUACUGCGGCCCGAGCUCCGCAUCAGUGCCCAUGAUGCACUUCAGCAUCCAUGGUUCAAUGACCUCGUCAUGCAGCAGCAAAUGCAGGCUCAGCAGCAAGCAAUGCAUGCCUCCCGUGGCGGUUAUGCACCGCAGGCUGUUCCGUCCCAAGGCGGGUAUGACCCUGGAUAUUAG